AUGGCAUCCACCGAGUCAUCCGUGCCCACCAACGGCAAUUACGCACAGGACUACAGCCAGCCCGCACAACAAGCACCUGCCUCCGAGAUCCCCAAGGAUGAGGUCGGCUGGUACUUCGUCGAGCAGUACUACACCACUCUGAGCAAGAGCCCUGACCGCCUCUACCUCUUCUACAACAAGCGCUCGCAGUAUGUCUCUGGCGUCGAGGAGGAGAAGGUCAAUGUUUGCGUCGGCCAGAAGCCCAUCAACGAGCGCAUCAAGGAGCUCGAGUUCAAGGACACCAAGGUCCGCGUCACCAACGUCGACUCCCAGGGCUCAGAUGCGAACAUCGUCAUCCAGGUCAUUGGUGAGAUCUCCAACCAGGGCCAGCCCCACAAGCGAUUCGUCCAGACCUUCAUCCUCGCCGAGCAGACCAACGGUUACUUCGUCCUGAAUGACAUCUUCCGCUACCUCGCUGAGGAGCCCGAGGAGGAGCUCCAGCAGGAGCAGGCUGCUAACGGUGUCGAGGAGCCCGCCCCCACUGCUGCUGUCCCCGCUGAGGAAGAGGCUCCCGAGGGCGAGGUCGCCAGCAGCGAGGAGGAUCUGACCAAGGUCGAUGAGAAGCUCGAGGAGGUUGCAAAGGAGGAGCCCUCCAUCGAGGACACCACCACCACUGGUCCUACAGAGGAGGUUGCCGAGGCCGAGAAGGCCCCCGAGGUCGAGGAGACGCCAGUUGCUGAGAAGCCUCCCAAGGAGGUCGAAGCCCCUGCUGCGCCUGUCGAGGAGAAGCCCAAGGAGCCCUCUCCCACUCCUGCUCCUGGGGCCAAGAAGGAGGCUGCUGCCGUUGCCAUGCCCGCCGGCCCCCCCAAGCCCGCCGCUCCCCGUACCUGGGCCAGCCUUGCUGCCUCCGCCCACAAGGUUGCUACUCCCGUAGUCGCUUCCCCGGCCGCUCAGCAGGUUCCCAAGGAGGCCAAGGCUGCUGCCCCUGCCCAGCUCGCCGCUACCGCACCCACGCAGACCCCCGCUCCUGCCCGUGAACAGUCCCCGGCCGCAAGCCAGGGCGAGGCUGGCUGGCAAUCAGUCAGCGGUCACAAGAAGGAGCAGCCCCGCGCUCAGAACCAGGCUCCCGCUGCCGAUGCCGACCAGAGGCGCGCAUACAUCAAAAAUGUCUACAGCCAGGUCCAGGAGGGUUCUCUGAGGGCCGCCCUCUCCAAAUUCGGCGAUGUUGAGUACCUCGAUCUCAGCCGUCCCAAGAACGCUGCUUUCGUCGAUUUCAAGACCGCCGCCGGAUACCAAGCUGCCAUUGCCGCCAACCCUCACACCGUCGACGGCGUUGAGCUCAAGGUCGAGGAGCGUCGCCAGCGCCCUCAGGGUCAGUUCCAGGGUAACUUCCCUCGUGGUGGUGGCUCUCAGCGCGGUCGUGGCGGCCCUGGUGGCCCUCGCGGCGGUUUCGUUCCCGGCCGUGGCCGCGGUGGUGCCCCUCGUGGCCGUGGUGCGCCUCAGGAGUCAUGA